AGCCUGAAAAACACGUUCAGCACCAAUCCAGUCUGCUUUCCUCUCUGUGCAGCAGCAGCAGCAGCAGCAGCCUAGAGCAGGUCUCUCUCUCUGCUCUCUGAGCCACCAAAACAUUCCUGCUAAACAUUUUAGUUUGUUUUUAUUGUAAGGCCGGUGAGUCGGUGAUUUGUUUUUUUGGGGGGGAUGGAUGCUGCUGCUGAGAGAACUGCUCCACUGAGCCGGCUGAAGAGGAGCAGCCAUUCAGCGUUCAUAGAGAACAACCUGCUGUAUGUGUGGGGAGGUUACCAGGUAGUUGCUGGAGAGGAAAUCAUGUUGCCCAGUGAUGAGAUAUGGCUCUGUGAUUUAGACAGCGGGACGUGGGAGCGGAGGGAGAUCACUGGUGACGAACCCCCAGCAGGCUUCUGUGGCUCUCACGUUAACAGUACGCUCUACACUUUUGGAGGAUACGACCCCGACGGAUUCACGGACCAGAUGUUCAGCGCUGACCUCACAGAGCAGAGCUGCUCGUGGAAGAAAUUGACCGACACCAAGGGAACGACGCCCUCGCCGCGAAACAAACACACCUGCUGGGUGCACAGAGACAGAUUAAUCUACUUUGGUGGAUAUGGAUGUAAGACCAUAGGUGACGUACGAAACAUAUCAACGUCAAACUUCAUCGUGGAAGAGAUGGCCUGGGCAACAAUUGGAAACACGUUAUUCAGGUGCUGGGGCUGGAACAAUGAAGUCGUUGUUUUUGACACACAUACGGCUACGUGGAGCAUGCCAGAGACUCGGGGUCCUGCUCCUGCCCCCAGAGGCAGCCAUGCCAGUGCCAUUCUGGGGAACAAAGGUUACAUCUCUGGGGCCGUGGAGAAUGCCGAGUUGGACAUGUUCUGCUUAGACCUGGAGACCUGGACCUGGACUCAAUUUGACAUCUCCCCGUCCUGUACACCUCUGGGGCGCUCCAUGUUCACCAUGACGCCCACGUCAGAUAACACGCUCUUCAUUUACGGAGGUCUCGGCACAGACGGAAGCACUCUUAAUGAUGCCUGGCAGUUCAACACGCAAAAGAUAGAGUGGAACAAGAUGACGAACCCACACAAGGACAAACCCAGAGUGUCUCACACGGCGUGCCUGGGAAGUGACAACGAUGUUGUUGUGUUCGGGGGAAGCAGCAGCAUGUGCUUCCUCAUGGACUCGGUGGCUCUUCUGAGGGCUCCAGUACAAAAUCACUGCAGCGACGUGUUCGUGUUUCAGACCCAGCCGUACUCUCUCUUCAGAUUGUGUGAAGACUUCAUAGGAAAAAACCCAGAGCUGUUUGGGAAGCAUCUGAACUGGCUGCCAUCAAAGCUACAUAACAAAAUCGACAAGCGAGUGGCCUUUUUCUCAGCUACGAAGCCCGUUCUUACAGAUUGAAGAAAACUGUUUUGUUGUUAAGAAUCUGAGCCGGUCGAUUAUGAAAAAAAAAACUGUUCUCAUUUUUUUUUUUUGUGGGGAAUGUGUUUUUUUUUUUUUUUUGUGUUUAAUGAUUUAAAAAAAAGAAAGUGUUACAGUUCCAUUGUUUUAACUUAAGACCAAGAAUUUGUAAAUUAAAUGCCUUAUUUUAAACCACCAGUUUAGAUUUGGUAAAGUUUUACUCCAUGUAGUGAUUUGAUAAUGUGCAAUCUGUUUUUGAAUAAAGGUAUUGAUAUGUUGUA